AUGUUGUACACAACACUCCUUUCCCUGGCCUUCGCUAUUGCCAGUGGCGUCGCCUCUCCUAUCGAAGACAGACAGUCAACUUCUCUGAACUCUAAGCUCAAGGCUCAUGGAAAGAAGUACUGGGGCACUGCCACUGAUCAGAGUUCACUGUCCAAAAGUGGCAUGUCGACAUUCGUGCCAGGACAGUUUGGUCAAGUUACCCCGGAAAACAGCAUGAAAUGGGAUGCCACUGAACCUCAGCGCGGCCAAUUCAACUUUGCCGGCGCAGACUACCUGGUCAAUUACGCCCAGCAACAUGGCCUGUUGAUUCGUGGGCAUAACCUCCUAUGGCACUCGCAACUACCAUCAUGGGUGUCGAGUAUCAGCGAUAAAGCUACCUUGACAUCAGUCUUACAGAAUCAUAUUAGCAACGUUGCCGGCCGCUAUAAGGGAAAGCUUUAUGCUUGGGACGUUGUCAAUGAGAUUUUCAAUGAAGAUGGAACCCUGCGCCAGUCGGUCUUCUAUAAUGUCCUCGGCGAAGACUUUGUUCGCAUCGCUUUCCAGGCAGCAAAAAAUGCUGACCCUACCGCAAAGCUAUACAUCAAUGACUACAACCUUGACGACCCUAAUUAUGCCAAGACCAGAGGCAUGAUCUCAUAUGUCCAGAAAUGGCGCUCUCAAGGCAUUCCCAUUGACGGAAUCGGCAGCCAGGGGCAUCUUAGCGCUGGCGGAGGGCCUAAGAAUGCAGCUGCUCUUAAGGCACUAAGUGCUGCAGCUCCGGAGGUCGCUAUUACUGAACUUGACAUUAUUAAUGCUCCCUCCUCUGAUUACCUCGCGGUCGUUCAGGGAUGUCUUGCAGUGUCGAAUUGUGUGGGUAUUACAAGUUGGGGUGUUCGUGAUGUCGAUAGCUGGAGAGCCUCUUCGAAUCCCCUUCUUUUUGAUGCAAACUACCAACCAAAAGCUGCAUACAACGCUGUCAUAAGUGCAUUGUAG